CGGAGAAUUGCAGGCAGGCGUCAGGGUUGUUGUGCGUUGCUGCUACGGCACCAAAGCGGAGGGCUACUCUCGAGGAAGACUCCAGCCGCUUUGCAGGGAACUGAAGGUGAGACCUCCAGAACCAUGGCUGAGUUGCUGGAAAACAGCAGAAUGGCAGACGUCCUUAGCAUUUUGCUGGAAACACCAGAUAAGAUCAAGCUUGACAUCGCCAUUUCAGGAGUAACGGGUGCUGGGAAAUCUGCCCUGGUCAAUGCCCUUCGAGGUCUUAGCGAUGAGGAAGAAGGUGCUGCAGAAACUGGAGUAUGUGAAACCACUAUGAACGUAGUCCCUUACCAGCACCCUAAACUUCCCAGUGUAACAAUAUGGGAUCUCCCAGGAAUUGGCACACCUCAAUUCACAGCUGAUACGUACCUCCAGCAGGUAAACUUUGACCGCUAUGACUUCUUCAUUAUUGUCAGCAGCCGCCAUUUAUGCCAGAAUGAUAUUCUCCUGGCAAAAGCAAUUGAGCAGCUGGGGAAAAAGUUUUACUUUGUGCGCACCAAGGUCGACUGGGAUUUGGAAAGUGCCAGGAGACAACAGGCCCCCUUCUAUGAUGAGGAGGGUGUCCUGAGGAAAAUCCGUAACGACUGUAUGCAGAGACUCAGAGACGCAAAGUUCACCUCUCAGGGGGUUUUCCUCCUUUCCAGAUACGACCUCAACAAGUACGAUUUCCACCGUUUGGAGGAAACUCUAGAGAAGGACCUCCCUGUCCACAAACAACGGGCUUUUAUUUUGGCCCUUCCAAGCAUUUCCACGCAUAUCCUACAGAAGAAGAAAGCGGUUCUGAAGAAACACGUGUGGGAAGUAGCCACGGUGUCGUGUGGCGUCACCGCAACCCCAACGCCAGACAUCCCUUUUGCUUGUGACACCUCCCUCCUCUUGCCGUCCAUGUUAAAUUACUAUCAGGAGUUUGGUGUGGAUGAUGGGUCUCUUGCCAAACUCGCUAGGCUGGUCAAGCAACCUGAGGAGGAACUUAGAGCUGAGAUGAAGAAGUCCCCUCUGUCUUCAGCAUUGCCUUUGCAUGUAGGCAGGUUACUGACCAACGCGCAGGUCGGGUUUUUCCGUGUUAUGUUCUCACCUCUAUUGCUGCUCCUUGGCUCCCCAGCAGCGGGAAGAAUUGCUUUUAUGUCGACGCUGAGAAUGCUGGAAAGAUUCAUGGACGAUUUGGAGGAAGAUGCUGAAAGGGUUCUUAGCAAGGCAGUUGGGAGGAAAAUCGCUUAGGCAUGGAGGGUUUUCUUUUUUUCAGUAUUCCCCCCCCCCCAAUUAUAUUUUAUCAAUUUUCAACAUUUUUAGCACAUACAAUCAAAACACAAUUCCGUCUCUUCUCUUGCUUUUGUCUGCUUCCCACUCUGUUUUUCAUGGAGUUGUUUCUCCCCUUCUGCUGCAUCCUAUCUUCUAUCUAUUAGAUCAUAAUCAUGAUAUUAUAAUCUAAUUACUUCCAUUGCUCAUAGCUCAGAUCCUGUUCACAAGUACAUCAUACUGUAAUACUUCUUUAAGUAAUCCAAAAAGGCAGCCAUCCUUCCACAAAGCACUCAUUAUUAGGUUCUCUUAAUCUUGCUGUUAAUUUUGUCAGUGCUGCAUAGUAAGUACAUUUACAUCUUACUUAUCAGUUACAGGUAGGUAGCCGUGUUGGUCUGGGUCGAAGUAAAAUAAAAAAAUUCCUUCAGUAGCACCUUAAAGACCAACUAAGUUUUUAUUUUGGUAUGAGCUUUCGUGUGCAUGCACACUACUUAUCAGUAUUAGCAAGAAAUGGGAAGACAGAAGAUUUACCUACGGUGGAUGAUUGGCAGUUGAAGCUGAUAGAAUUCAUGGAACUGUCUGAGCUGACCGGGAGACUCCGUGACCAGGGGGAAGAAUCGGUGGAAGAAGAUUGGAAGA